CGCCAUCUUGUGAUCAACCCGUUGUUGGACACACGCAGACCGUUUUUUCUGAUCGCCAUUUUUUCUCCCAUUUUUCCAAAAUGAACGACCAGCUCUGUAAACUGUUCGUCGGCGGGCUGAACGUAGACACCGAUGACGAUGGCCUGCGCAAGCAUUUCGAGCAGUACGGCUCGCUCACCGACUGCGUGGUCGUCGUGAACAAGCAGCUGCAGCGCUCCCGCUGCUUCGGCUUUGUUACCUACUCCACGCCGGAGGAGGCCGACGCCGCCAUGGCUGCCAGGCCGCACACCGUAGACGGCAACGCGGUGGAGGUGAAGCGUGCGGUGGCCAGGGAAGAUGCAAACAAACCCGAAGCUCUGGCUAAAGUAAAGAAAAUCUUUAUCGGUGGGCUGAAAGACGACAUCGAAGAAGAGCACUUGACCGAGUACUUCUCGCAGUACGGCCAGGUGGAGAAGUCUGAAGUCAUCUCCGAAAAAGAGACGGGGAAGAAAAGAGGCUUCGGUUUCGUGUACUUCACCGACCACGACUCCGCCGACAAGGCGGUGGUGGUGAAGUUCCACACAGUUAAUGGACACAAAGUCGAGGUGAAGAAAGCCCUGACGAAACAAGAGAUGCAGGCGGCGAACAGAAACACAAUGGCGCCGAGAGGAAGGCCCGGCAGAGGCAUGAGAGGGAAUCAAAAUGGCUUCGGAGGCAGGGAUUAUGGCGGAAGCUACAACUACGGAAAUGGCGGCGGUGGCGGCUACAACUGUGGCGGCUACGGAGGGUACGGUGGACCGUACGGAGGUGGUUAUGGCGACCAGGGAAGCGGCUACGGUGGUGGCAACGGCUACAGCGACUUUGGCAGCGGCUACGGCCAGCAGUCCUCUGGCUACGGCCCCAUGAAAGGGCCGCCCUUCGGAGGCCAGAGGAGCGCUGCUCCCUACUCCAGAGGCGGAGGUGGUGGAGGAUAUCCCAGGGGGGGCUACGGUGGUGGCGGCGGCUACUAAAAGAGAACACCCUCCCCACUCACGCCUCCCGCGAAACGUUUCUCCCCGCCAUUUGGUCGCAAAACUCUGUCAUGAAUGGGGCCGUCUGUCGUGAAUCCCAUCCGUGGCAGAGCCGCAGAGACACCCCUCCCCCACCUGAACCCCUAACAGGUAGGAAGGUCACUUCCCAGAACACCUGCUUAACCCGAACAGUGCUUCUAUUGCUGUUCACCUAGGACACACAAUCCAAGAAUUACACUUUAUAACAGUGACCCCUUUUUUUUAUUGUACCCACGCCAUCAGUGUGAGGUUGUCUUUAGAGUUGGAUUAUUUUUUAAUUUGCGUUCAGUUGUUGUGUUUGAAAAGUGAUGUAGGAUUAUUUCUUUCUUGACCAGUUAUUUUAAUAUCUUGCAUUUUAAACAGUUGGAUUCGAUUUUGUUAUAAAUUUAGUGGGAAAAUUAGUGUAUUUUCUUUUCAACAAAGAUGAGAAAGCAUGUACUUUUUUGUUCUUACCAUCAGUUUGUAUAAUUUUCUGGACCAUCCAAAUGCACAAAAAAAAAAACAGGACUCCUCCCUUUCCUCUUACUCUGUACUUUAAAUCCCUCCAAGCAUAUUGAUAGUUUCAGUCUAAAUAUUGUUCAUUUUUCCCAUUACCUGUAGCAAUAUCUAUUGUAUAUUGUAUACUUUCAUGUGUUGGAGAACAAAACCUUAUUGUUGGAACAUUUUUGGUAUGCUCAUGUAUGUUCAUUUUAAAUAAAACGUUAUACCACUUA